AUGACUUCUGCAACUUCACCUAUCAUUUUGAAAUGGGACCCCAAAAGUUUGGAAAUCAGGACUCUCACAGUAGAGAGACUAUUGGAGCCACUCGUUACCCAGGUAACGACUCUUGUGAACACGAGCAAUAAAGGACCAUCUGGCAAGAAGAAAGGGCGCUCGAAGAAGGCUCAUGUUUUGGCUGCCUCAGUGGAGCAGGCCACUCAAAACUUCUUGGAAAAAGGAGAUCAAAUUGCUAAAGAGAGCCAGGAUCUCAAGGAGGAGUUGGUUGCUGCUGUAGAAGAUGUUCGAAAACAAGGAGAAACGAUGCGCAUCGCCUCGUCGGAGUUCGCGGACGACCCCUGCUCCUCGGUGAAGAGGGGCACCAUGGUGCGCGCUGCCCGCGCCCUGCUCUCGGCCGUCACUCGCCUGCUCAUCCUGGCUGACAUGGCUGACGUCAUGAGGCUCCUCUCACACCUCAAAAUCGUAGAGGAGGCACUAGAAGCUGUGAAAAAUGCAACGAACGAGCAAGAUUUAGCCAAUCGCUUUAAGGAAUUUGGGAAGGAAAUGGUAAAACUGAACUAUGUCGCUGCGAGGCGACAACAGGAGCUGAAGGAUCCUCACUGCAGGGACGAGAUGGCCGCGGCCCGGGGGGCUCUGAAGAAGAAUGCCACCAUGUUGUACACGGCCUCGCAGGCCUUCCUGCGCCACCCCGACGUGGCAGCCACCAGGGCCAACAGGGACUACGUCUUCAAGCAAGUGCAGGAAGCAAUUGCUGGCAUCUCCAAUGCUGCCCAGGCCACCUCGCCCACUGAUGAGAACAAGGGCCACACCGGCAUAGGAGAGCUCGCUGCUGCUUUGAAUGAGUUUGAUAACAAGAUCAUCCUGGACCCGAUGACGUUCAGCGAGGCGCGGUUCCGGCCGUCGCUGGAGGAGAGGCUGGAGAGCAUCAUCAGCGGGGCAGCGCUCAUGGCCGACUCCUCGUGCACGCGCGACGACCGCCGCGAGCGCAUCGUGGCCGAGUGCAACGCCGUGCGCCAGGCGCUGCAGGACCUGCUCUCCGAGUACAUGAACAACGUAAUGUAUGGUGGUUGGUUGACAUCCUCUUGCAAGACUGGAAGGAAGGAGAAAGGAGACCCACUCAACAUUGCCAUUGACAAGAUGACCAAGAAAACACGAGACCUUCGGAGACAGCUCCGGAAGGCAGUGAUGGAUCACAUAUCAGAUUCCUUCCUGGAGACCAACGUCCCCCUGCUGGUCCUCAUCGAGGCCGCGAAAAGCGGGAACGAGAAAGAAGUGAAGGAAUACGCUCAGGUCUUCCGUGAGCACGCCAACAAGUUAGUGGAGGUUGCAAAUCUGGCCUGUUCAAUCUCCAAUAAUGAAGAAGGUGUGAAGUUAGUCCGUAUGGCAGCCACACAGAUUGAUAGUCUGUGCCCACAGGUCAUUAAUGCUGCACUCACGUUGGCUGCCAGACCCCAGAGCAAAGUAGCCCAGGACAACAUGGAUGUGUUUAAGGACCAGUGGGAGAAACAGGUGCGAGUUCUCACUGAGGCCGUUGAUGACAUCACUUCAGUGGAUGAUUUCCUCUCUGUUUCAGAAAACCACAUCCUGGAAGAUGUGAACAAGUGUGUGAUUGCUCUGCAAGAGGGGGAUGUGGACACGCUGGACAGAACCGCGGGCGCCAUCCGGGGCCGUGCAGCCAGAGUCAUCCACAUCAUCAACGCAGAGAUGGAAAACUAUGAGACUGGGGUUUACACUGAGAAGGUGCUGGAAGCUACCAAACUGCUCUCUGAAACUGUGAUGCCACGUUUUGCUGAGCAAGUGGAGGUGGCCAUUGAAGCCCUGAGUGCCAACGUGCCCCAGCCCUUCGAGGAGAACGAGUUCAUCGAUGCCUCCCGCCUGGUCUACGACGGAGUUCGGGACAUCAGGAAAGCUGUCCUCAUGAUCAGGACCCCAGAGGAGCUCGAGGAUGACUCAGACUUUGAGCAGGAGGAUUAUGAUGUGCGCAGCCGAACCAGUGUCCAGACUGAGGAUGACCAGCUCAUUGCUGGCCAGAGUGCAAGGGCCAUCAUGGCUCAGCUGCCCCAGGAAGAGAAGGCAAAGAUUGCUGAGCAGGUGGAGAUAUUCCACCAAGAGAAGAGCAAGCUGGAUGCGGAGGUGGCCAAGUGGGAUGACAGUGGCAAUGACAUCAUUGUGCUGGCCAAGCAGAUGUGCAUGAUUAUGAUGGAAAUGACAGAUUUCACCAGAGGGAAAGGCCCCCUGAAGAACACAUCCGAUGUCAUUAAUGCAGCCAAGAAGAUUGCAGAGGCAGGAUCCAGGAUGGACAAAUUGGCACGGGCAGUAGCUGAUCAGUGCCCAGACUCAGCCUGCAAGCAGGAUCUGCUGGCCUACCUGCAGCGCAUUGCCCUGUACUGCCACCAGCUCAAUAUCUGCAGCAAAGUGAAGGCAGAAGUUCAGAACCUGGGAGGAGAACUCAUUGUGUCAGGGACUGGAGUUCAGAGCACUUUCACUGCCUUUUAUGAGGUAGAGUGUGAUGUCAUAGAUGGGGGCAGGGCUAGUCAACUUUCCACCCACCCACCCACCUGUGCUGAGGGAGCUACGCUUGAGACUGGAAGCGGUGACUCCUCAACGCUGGAUAGUGCCACUUCUCUCAUCCAGGCAGCUAAAAACCUGAUGAAUGCUGUGGUCCUUACAGUGAAAGCAUCUUAUGUGGCUUCUACUAAAUAUCAGAAGGUCUAUGGCACUGCUGCAGUGAACUCCCCAGUUGUAUCUUGGAAGAUGAAGGCCCCUGAGAAGAAACCUCUAGUAAAGAGAGAAAAGCCAGAAGAAUAUCAGACAAGAGUGAGGAGAGGUUCCCAGAAGAAACAUAUUUCCCCUGUACAGGCCUUAAGUGAAUUUAAAGCUAUGGAUUCAUUCUAA